AUGGGCGAGAGCAACAUGUCCGACUUCGCGCAGCAAUUGUCGGUGCAAUCAUGGAUAUUAUACGGCAUCGGCAUGGUCAUGAUCUUACUCCGCACAUACGCGCGAUGGCAUCGAGUCGGAAGCCUAAACGCCUUUGCAGCAGAUGAUUGGAUCAUGGUAACAGCCGUACCAACCUUCUACACUGGGCUGAUUGUAUGCUUGAACACAAUCGCAACGGGAGGUGGAAGUAACCUCUUUCCACCAGAGCUGUUCUCUACGUUCACUCAAGGAGAGAUCGAUGAGCGAAUCAAAGGAUCGAAGAUCGUCGUCGUUUCCGAGCAAUGUAUGCUCAACGUUAUAUGGUCCUUGAAAGCCUGUAUGCUGUUCAUGUUUGCUCGUAUGCUGACCGGAACAACGAACAUGAAGUGGAUCAAAGUGGCUGCACUAUGGGUCGUUAUCGGCUGGUUCGCUGUCCAGAUCACUUUCUUCAGUGCAUGUCGCCCAUUCGUAGGAUACUGGGCAGUGCCGCCUCCAAAUCCGCAAUGCACGACUCUUGAGCACUUUGCGAUAGUACAGGCAACUUUCAACAUAAGCAGCGAUGUCCUCAUCAUCGCUGUGCCGAUACCGAUGAUCAUGUCGCUUUCACUUCCUCUGAAACAGAAAGUCGUGCUGGGCAUACUAUUCAGCAUGGGUAUCUUCGUUGCAUCCGUUGCCGUCUACGUAGCCAAUCUCCCCGGCAUCUGGCCUCUUCUCCGCGAACACAUACGUUUCCUUCGUGAGCACACAAGCUAUUAUGCCACCAGCCAAUCACAGAUGCCUGGCCAGAGCUCGCAUGGAUACGGUAAUCUGUCUAGAAGCAAGCGCCAGAGCCGUGCCCGCACCUUUACAAACCUCAGCUCACACGACGUCGAGCUCGCUUACGAUAUCAAAUCUGGCAUUACAUCGAUACAUGCACCUGGGCAGAGAGUACUAGGAAGCGAGAACCCCUUCGUGGAAAGAGAGGAUAUCCAAAGGAGCGACGACAGGAAAGAUCUGGAAGCGGGGAGUAGUCGGAAGGGAAUGAAUGGCGUAGCCUAUAUGGGCGUACACAUUGAUACCGAAGUAGAGAUUCAGAGCGACCAAUGGAUGGGGAGUAGGUUGGAGUUGGCGCAGUCGAGAGUAGUCCGGUGUGAAGGUCCGGAGGCGCAGGCAGGAAGAUGA